AUGGAUAUUUUUGAUUGUGCAAGAAUUAUAUUAGAUAGAGUUCUGAAAUUUGAUCCUGUGAAUGCUCGAAAAAUAGUCGGUUAUCUCCUUAUGCAAAAUCACUGUGAACCCGAAAUGGCUAGAUUGGCAUCUUGCCCAGAUCAUAUCAUUGCCGAAGUCAUUCUUGGCGCCAAAAUUCAAAUGAUGGCCUUAAAUUCAGCCAUGACUUCGAUUCCACAGCCGCAUGUUGCUCCUCCCCAAGGUUUAGCCUAUUUUCCGGGUUUCCCCCCGACUUCACCACCACCACCACCACCACCACCACCACGGAACUUUCAGGUUCAACCUACCUAUUGUGAUCCACAGUUUGCGGCUGGCAAUGUGAAUCAAGAAUUUAUGGGAGUGAGUUAUCUGGAUUCUGUGACAGAACUUCAGAAACAAGCACAGAUGUUGAGUUUGGAGAAUCCUUUAGAUCAUGUGAAUACUGGAACUAGAGGUGUUUUGGUCAAUGAUUACAACAACGGCUUUGAUUCUUCUGUUGUCAAUUACGGCGGAAGAUCCGCGAAAAGGUCCUCAAAUUCGAACCCAUCUGAGUUUCCGGUCAAGAUCUGUCACUAUUUCAGUAAAGGCAACUGUCGGAAUGGAAGUAACUGUCGAUAUUUUCAUGGUCAUGUUCCUCAUGAGAGCUUCUCUUCUCAAGUGCAUAUGCAUGGAAAUGGUGAUAACGAGGAUCAAGUGAUUUCUCCGCGUUCGUUGGCUCAGGUAGAGUCUGAAAUUAUUGAGCUUCUUAAGCAGAAAAGAGGUGAUCCAAUGUCAAUUGCUUCGCUGCCGAUGGCAUACUUUGAGAGAUACAAAAAGGUACUGCAAGCUCAGGGCUAUUUAACUGAGAGUCAGCGACAUGGUAAGUCUGGUUAUAGUUUGACAAAGCUUCUUGCGCGGCUAAAUAGUAUUCGGCUAAUUGACAGGCCUCAUGGACAGCAUUCGGUUGUUUUGGCGGAAGAUGCUCCAAAAUACACUCAAACCGGAGAAGUUCAAAGUAUCAGUGCUGCUCGGCAAUUAUAUCUGACUUUUCCAGCUGAUAGCACUUUCACCGAAGAAGAUGUUGCGAGCUAUUUCAACACAAUUGGACAUGUCGACGAUGUUAGGAUUCCAUGCCAGAACAGAAGAAUGUUUGGAUUUGUAACAUUUGCUCAUCCCAAAACCGUUAGAAAUAUCUUGGAAAGGGGAGGUCCCCAUUUUGUCCGCGGCGCUCGGGUGCUUGUGAAACCCUACAUAGAGAGGGAAAAGAGAUAUCAAGAUAGAGUGGAGGAAAAAGAUAGAGUGGAGCACCUUCCUUGUUGUCCACGUUACUAUACAAAUGUGGAUUCUGAACUUGACUUGAUUGCAAGAGAACUCGGAAAACGUAGACAGAUCGCGAGGAGACAGUGGAUGGAAGAGGUGCAAGCUUUUGAAUAUCACCAGAGAAGUCUUGAGCAGCUGCAGUUUUCUCAACGAGGUUUUCCCGUUACAGGCUUUUCGGCAGACGGAUUAAGAGUUCCAGAUGAUCGAUUCAAUUUCCAGCCUGCGGAAGUUCUGAACUAUUCGAUGAAUAACAUAUACAUGACUGCAGAAACCAAUUCCUCUGAAGGAAGCAGCAAUGGAGUACACCAUCUCCCGACAGUAGACUGUCUCCCGGAAGAGUUUCCGAUCGAAAACAAUAAUUAG